AUGGUGAGCAGCGUGGGCAGCAUGGAACCUGACCUGGAGCUGGCAGCUUGUGAGGCUGCUGCUGUUGCUUACAGAGUUACCAUCAUUACUUGUGCUCUGCAGACGCUGCUGUUUGGGAAGGAUUCAUGCACCUUCAGCCAGGACUGGGCACGAGCACACUUCAGGUUCCGUGAGCCGCGCUCUGAUCUGGCCUAUGCUCUGGAGGCUGAGAAGGGAGGAACGAGAGCCAUCGUGAUGGCUGUACAAGCAAACAUCAUUAAAUACCUGCUCUUCACAAGGAACACGGAACACAGUCACCUGGAGAGGAGUGAGGCUUGCUGCCUCAGUGCAACCUCUGGUGUGACAGUUGGCCCAGUAUCAGGCUCCACCUUCGGGCAUGGGGACUCGCAGCAUCCUCAAGGACAUACCUACAACUGUUGGUGGUAUGGGGCUGGGCAGGUGAUGGGGACAUGGGCACAGGGACACAGGGACACAGACCCCUGCUGCCCCUGCCCACACCUGUCUGCUGUGCUCUACUCUGCCCUGCGCUGCAGACUGUGCAAAAUCAGCCAGAAGGAGCAAGGAGAGGCCCUGGCUGCAGCGCUGGCAGACAGCCUGUGGGCAGCGGGGGACGGUCGGAGAGCCACGAUCUGCAUCCUCACUGCAGCCACACACUGCUCCCCUCCUGCGGGCUCCAAAGCUAACAGCUUCACUGAGCAGAUCCACCUGUUUGAGUUCCCCGAGAAAGCAGCAGCUCAGGAGUUUAUCUUUGACCAUAUUGGCUGUUUCAGAGAUGAAGGAAAUCAUGGACUGAUCCUGUUUUUAUACAGUUUGCUCUUCUCCAGGACGCUGGAAAGGGUCCGGGAGGAGCUGGGCGGCACAACGCCACAUCUAUUAGAACGCAGCUCUGGAAACGUGGUCUGCACGCAGGCUGCGCUCCUGCUCGUCCUGUCGGGCAGCGCUCGGCCCGGGCAGCGCAGCGAGGUGGGAUUCCUGCGCUGGGGCGGGGAGGAGGCCGAGCGCCGCCUGCCCCCGGUUGGCAGCAUGCUGAAAACUCCCAAGUUCCCCGUCUGGUUGUGCAGCAUCAAUGGGACUCACAGUGUCCUUUUCAGCACCAACCAGCUGCUCCUGUCCGACUGGAAGAUGGAGCACGUCUUUCACCUGUACUUCUACAACGGGCAGAACAGGCAGACGAGAACAGCCCACCUGACCGUAGGUGCGUGCCCGCCCGCCCAGAGCACUGCACUGCGGGUGUCAUGUACAGAUGUGUGAUGUCCAGCCCCACACAGAGCCCAUGCUGCAGGGCACCCACACACUGAUGCACACAUACAGCACACAUCUGUAUUUCCCCACCCAGAAGCAAAGUGCCCCCAGGCACCUGCAUUCACCUUGAGCCCCACAUACCUUCAGAACCGUGUUUCACCAGAUACCCACUCACAUCACUGGGAAGAGGGCCGCUGUGAGGCCGUGAGCAGCCCAGGGAGGAAGGUUCCAUCGCUAGAGAUGGCCAUCAGGACCAAGUGGCCAGGGGCAGCUGUCAGAUGGAAUGGCACCCAGCCCUUCUUCUAAGCUGCCCUCCGCCCCAGCACCACCACCAGCACCAGCAGCUGGCACCACCACAGCCCUCAGCUGGAGCUGGCAGGGGAAAGGAAACAGCAUGGCAAUGGGGUCAUGUCCUCCCAGGCACAGAUGUUCAAGAAAUAAAAGUCUAUCAUGAAAGUGCUGACCAGUGCUGACAA